CCCCCCCCCCCCCCGUAAACUCAUGCGAAUAUUUUGGGAAAAUGAAAUUGACCCCACCACACCUAGUAUUUACAUUGUGUACAGAAUUGUUAAAUGGAAAAUCUCUGUCACGCAAAGGAGCUGUUCAACAAAUAAGUAAAUAAAUAAGGAUAUCGUUAGAAGAGAGAGUAUCGUAACAUUUAACGUAAGGUUUUACUAUUAUACUGUAUGAUAGAGAAGCCACCAAAGAAAAAUAACGCAAUCUGUAGUUGGCUAACCAAUGGGAUAACGCAAUCUGUAGUUGGCUAACCAAUGGGAUAACGCAAUCUGUAGUUAGCUAACCAAUGGGAUAACGUAUCUAGUUUAUUAAAAGGGUCACGGUUUGUCUUAUCUAUUGACAUUCCGGGCCUAGCUGGAUCUGUUUUCCAGUUCAAGUGAUUCACUUCCUCUAAAAGUUGAUUUCCCAUCCAAUCCCACAUAGAAUGUCGGACGAGAAACUGCAUGAAAUAUUUAAAUCAUUUUGCGCAUUUGGAGCUGGCUGUAAGGAUGCACAGCCACUCAUGGAUAACGCUAAAUUCGCCAAACUCUUCCGAGAUCUAAAGAUCUACGACAAGAAAUUCACGCAAAUUGAUAGCGACAUCAUUUUUAAUAGACCAGAAGUUAAAUCGAAAUCUGAGAGGAAAGUUAAUUUUAGUCAAUUCAAGGCCGCGUUAAGUUUAUGCGCCGAGAAGAAGUAUGGUAAACGCGAAGAUGUGAUCAAACUGGUUGAUAAGAUAUGUGAAGGAAAAGGGCCUGUCGCAAGCAAAACCACGAAAGUCGUGAAAGCGGGCGCGGUUGACCGUCUUACCGACACGCGAAAGUACACCGGUUCCCACAAGGAGCGAUUUGAUGAGACUGGGAAAGGGCGUGGCAUCGAGGGGAGGGUUGAUAGAGACGCCCAUGCCGAGGCGGGAUAUGUCGGAAAUUAUAGGGGCAGAGAUACGUAUGACCAGACACACUAGAAAAGCUCAAGCUGUGUGAGAAUACAGAACGCAGACAAAGGGUGUUUUUCAUGGAUUCAGUAUAGUAGCGGGAGCUUUGACUAUAAAAGGUUCUUCGAGUAUAUAUACUUUUUUAUUACUAAUAUUUAAUGCUAAGGUUGGAGCCAAUAAGUAGUUGUUCUAAAACUAUUCAACCCUUGGUGUGACUUUAAUAACGCAUGUAUUCUAAGGUUGUACCAAGCCCGCUUAUGUCGCUUUGGAAAUCGAUCCGAGUCUCAUCGCAUCGACUGCUUUUCGCAAAAUCAUCAACCAAAUUUUACCAUGAUUUCAUGAUUCAUUAUCCUUUAUAAAGCUAACCAGUACUGUUCGAAUACCAAGAGUUAAUAAAAGGCUUAAACAUGCAGACAUUGACUCGCAA